AUGGAGACUUGUUCCUUUCAAACCUCUCCCAACUCGGUGAUCCAUGCCCAGAUCACCCGCCCAGCAAAGCCAAGUUCCAGACCCCUCGUAUUGUUCCUGCAUUACUGGGGUGGUACCUCGCAAACAUGGCACAACCUUACGGACCUUGAUUCGUCGACUUCGCUGAGUACGAUUCACCCUACGGUCGCGGUUGAUCUACGAGGCUGGGGCCAAUCAACCGGACCAAACAGUGACGAUUGCAAUGAAUAUUCCAUCACAGUAAUGGCUAGUGAUGUCGCUACUUUUCUGGCAAGUCUUAGCGAAGACAAGGCUAGACAGGACCUCCUACAACAUGGCUUUCUUCUCGUGGGUCAUUCGAUGGGCGCAAAGAUUGCACUCGCCACGAUUGGACUGUUGAACAAAAAUCUUCAACCUCUUCUUAAAGGACUCGCUCUCGUCGCACCUGCGCCUCUAGCUGCGCUGAAUCUACCUCCCGAGAUGAAAGCUCAACAGCUGCUUGCUUACGAGUCCGAGGAUAGUGUCCGUUGGACCGUGAACAAUGUACUGGCAAAUCCUAAGAAGAUCACCGAGCCUGAUAUUAAUAUGGUGAUUCGCGACAGCUUAAGUGGCAAUUCGUUCGCCAAGGCCGCUUGGCCUUCAUACGGUAUGCAGGAGGACAUCUCGCAGGGUGUACGGGAAGCUCUAGCUUCUCGGUCAGGUCUGCGAGCUAGUGUUCUAUUGGGAGAGCUUGAUAUUGUCGAGGCCUUGGAGAGAGUCGAUGCGGGGGUUAUUCAGUUCUUACGUCAAAACGGGGUUGAAGUUUCGUUGACCGUUGUGGAGGGGAUCAAGCACUUGAUACCUCUGGAAGAUCCCGAGUCGAUCUACAAGGAGAUUUGUCAGUGGUGA